AGCCCCCAGACUUGACUCCGGAGGAGCGCAUGGAGCUAGAGAACAUCCGACGGCGUAAGCAGGAGCUGCUGGUGGAGAUCCAGCGCCUGCGAGAGGAGCUGAGUGAAGCUAUGAGUGAGGUGGAGGGUCUGGAGGCCAAUGAGGGCAGUAAGACCUUGCAGCGGAACCGGAAGAUGGCAAUGGGCAGGAAGAAGUUCAACAUGGACCCCAAGAAGGGGAUCCAAUUCUUGGUAGAACACGAACUUCUGCAGAACACACCUGAGGAAAUUGCCCGCUUCCUGUACAAGGGUGAGGGGCUGAACAAGACAGCCAUUGGGGAUUACCUCGGGGAAAGGGAAGAGCUAAACCUAUCUGUGCUCCAUGCUUUUGUGGAUUUGCAUGAGUUCACCGACCUUAAUCUGGUGCAGGCCCUGCGGCAAUUCCUAUGGAGCUUUCGCCUCCCUGGAGAGGCUCAGAAAAUUGACCGGAUGAUGGAGGACUUUGCCCAGCGAUACUGCCUGUGUAACCCUGGGGUCUUCCAGUCUACAGACACCUGCUACGUGUUGUCCUUUGCCGUGAUCAUGCUGAACACCAGCCUUCAUAAUCCCAACGUCAGGGACAAGCCAGGCCUGGAGCGCUUUGUGGCCAUGAACCGGGGCAUCAAUGAAGGCGGAGACCUGCCUGAGGAUCUGCUCAGGAACCUCUACGACAGCAUCCGGAAUGAGCCCUUCAAGAUCCCUGAGGAUGAUGGGAAUGAUCUCACCCACACCUUCUUCAACCCAGACCGUGAAGGCUGGCUUCUAAAGCUGGAACUGCUUUGAGCUUUACAUUCCCAACAAUAAGGGACAGCUCAUCAAAGCCUGCAAAACCGAGGCGGAUGGUCGGGUAGUGGAGGGGAACCACAUGGUAUACAGAAUCUUAGCACCCACCCAGGAGGAGAAAGAUGAAUGGAUCAAGUCCAUCCAGGCUGCUGUAAGUGUGGACCCCUUCUAUGAAAUGCUGGCAGCAAGAAAGAAGCGGAUUUCUGUGAAAAAGAAGCAGGAACAACCCUGACCCCUGUCCCCAACUCCAUUAUUUAUUUUGGAGCUGCCCCGCCUGGGUGGCAGGACCCCUGGGCCCUGGGGCUAUGGAUCCUGGUUGGUUCCCCAUUUGGAAAAUCACCACCUCUAGCUCCUGUCUCCUUAUUUGUAAUUAACAUGUUGGUAAUCUUAUUAAUUAUUUAACCCCUCGCGCC